UAAAGUGAAAAGCGCUUGAAGCAAAUCGACCCUUGCCGCCGAUUCUUUUCGAAGCUGUCUACCCCCCGACGUUGACCGACUCUAGAAUCCCCCCCAUGCGCUUCGAAUCGGCGGACUUCGGACCGGGGAUGGCCUACCACCCGUUUCUGCUGCCCCCGGCCGCCGCGGCCCGCCAUCCGCAUCAGACCGACUUCAGUAUGAACUCCAUUCUCACUCAACCCCACUACCUGACGGCGCUUCAGGGGUUCAACCCGGCACUGGCGGCUGCGGCCGCCGCAGCCGCCUGCUACCCUGCACCGCCGGGUUCCCUCUUUGCCAAGCCGCCGCCACCGCCGGGCCCCCAUCACCCCAUCACGGCGGAAGAUGUGCUGGCGGCUCACGGGGCCCCACAUCUAAGGCCGCUCAGGACGCUCGAACCCGAAGAUGAUGGGGUGCAGGACGAUCCCAAAGUGACCCUCGAAGCGAAGGACCUCUGGGAUAAGUUCCACGCGUUGGGGACAGAGAUGGUGAUCACUAAGUCAGGAAGACGUAUGUUCCCGGCCUUCAAAGUCCGUGUCAGUGGCUUGGACAAGAAGGCGAAGUACAUUCUGUUGAUGGACAUAGUGGCUGCUGACGAUUGUCGCUACAAGUUUCACAACAGUCGCUGGGUUGUGGCAGGCAAAGCCGACCCAGAAAUGCCCAAGAGGAUGUACAUCCACCCCGACAGUCCUUCCACGGGAGAACAGUGGAUGCAGAAGGUCGUGUCCUUUCACAAACUGAAGCUGACAAAUAACAUUUCCGACAAACAUGGCUUUACGAUCCUGAAUUCUAUGCACAAGUACCAACCCCGGUUCCAUCUAGUGAGGGCGAACGACAUCCUCAAGUUGCCCUAUUCCACCUUCCGUACCUACGUCUUCAAAGAAACAGAAUUCAUCGCAGUCACCGCCUACCAGAACGAAAAGAUCACUCAGUUAAAAAUUGACAAUAAUCCGUUUGCCAAAGGAUUCAGGGACACAGGAGCAGGGAAAAGGGAGAAAAAUAACGUGCCUGUCCCGUUCUCCAGGCGCCAGGCCAUGCUCCUCAACCAGCAACAGGGACAAUCCCCACACACCCCUCAGCACUCGCAUCUUCCAUCUUCGGCGUCAUCGGCGGGGGUGCACCACGGGGAUCCGGCAGACGAUACGAGUGACGAAGACGAGAAAGUGGAUGUUGGUGGAACGGCUGAUUUACAAGCAUCCGUAGCGUCACUGUCCUGUGGGAAAGACGAUCCUCACACAAGGGAAGAAAGAAGAGAAAGAGAAAAUGGUUGCAGAGAUGACAGUGGAGAUGACAGCAUUGACAAGCCGUUAUCAUCUCACAAUACUCUGGACCACAACGGUUCGUCCAGGGACUAUAAAAGUGACUGUUUAGACAGUAUAUCUGGACUCUCAAAGCAAGGGCAGCCCAAUGUGACUGUUGGCCCAGGGAUGCCACAUCCCCAUCUUUUACCGUACCUCUAUCCACCAGCCCUGUAUUCAACGAGCAUGGGUCACUUACCCCUGUCUCAACUGUUUCUUCCUGGAGUAACUUGUGCUUCAGGACCCAGUCAUCCUUUGCCACUAUCACUCUUCACUUCAGGUGGGCACCCUUCACAAGCUGCUUUCUCGGCUUCGCACUUAGCCCAGAGUUCUCUAAAUUCCUCCUCCCAAGCUGGAGGAUCUCUCCCGAGUAUGGGUCAUAACCUGUUGCUAAAUGCCCAACUAGCAUUUGCAGCCGGUCAUUCAAUGUUCCACGGAUAUCCACCGAGUCAUGCCUCAAUGGAUGGUCCCCUGUCUGCAGCAGGGAACGGAGGACUAUUGACGACUACGGGUUCAAGCAAGCUGAAACCACAUAGGUUCUCGCCGUAUCCUUUGCCAUUGACCACAAUGACGAGUUCCUCAACAGCUACACCUUUAACUGUUCCAGCCGAAGUAGGAAGAUCUCCGUUGUCAACCUCACCUUACGACGGUUCCAACUCCGUUAGUCAUCCGCCCUCUCACCUCAACCACAAUUCCCUCAGAAAACUUGGAGCUGUAUCACCACCUGGUUCGGAGUGUGGCAGUUCAGAUGGUUCCGUCGGUCCAUCCUCUGUAUCUUCUUCGAGUGAACUGAAGAAUAUAGAGAACAUGGUCAAUGGACUUGAACGGCAACAGGAACAGUUAGCUGCAGAAACACUGACGAGGCUAACUGAAAAAUAAAACUGAUUUUUAGUCACUAAUUAAGCAAUUGGACAUUCAAACGUUAUAUGGGCCUCACUGAAAUUACUUCUUUAAAGGUCAGUCAAAUUGAGAGAACUUUUGUGAAUCAGUUCUCUCUCAAAUUAGGAGGUGGCAUUAUUUGAGGCAACAUGUAGCCAGUGAUAUGUAAGUGUACAGUAAUAUAAAAUCUUUAAUUUUUGUUUUUCCUAUUUGUACAGUGGUAGACUUUUGCUUCCAAACCAAAGACAAACGUAAAAAACGCAGAACUUUUUGCGCAUUUUGAACUGAAAAUGUACGUAUUGUACAAUGCUGAGAGCAACACAGAUUAUUAUGGGCAGGAUAAGACUGCUGUAAAGUAACAAAAUCAAACCAGCUUGAUGCAGUAAGCUUUACUGGGUGAAUUUUGAGCAGCAUUGUAGCUUCCUUGCUGUUCCACUUGUCCUCAUCAUUUGCAAUUGUCAAAAAAACUCAGGUUACAAUGAACCUUAUGCAGUAAAUUGGAAAUGAAACACAAAAAAUAGACAUCUUGAAACAACCGAAUGAAUUGUAAGAAUUGCUUGAAAAAAACUUUUUAAAAGUACAUAGAAAGUUACUGUAUGAGUGCAUAAUAUUUAAUACUUGGCAGCAAUAUUUAAACAUUUUUGAACUUGUUAGAAAUGGAAGUGUGUUUUCAAUAUUGCAGUUUGGUUUUAAUCAAUAAGACUAUUUAUUAAACUGAGGCAAUGAAAGUUGUAUUUAUCUUCAAAGAGAUUUUUAUUUUGUAAAUGUGAUUUUCAUCUCAAAGAUCGUAAAUUAGUCUCUCUGAUUUUUUGAAUGAUUAAAAUAGCUUUUGAAAAAUUGGUAUGUACCUAAUGUAAAGAAAUAAAUAAG